AGGAGCUUAAGGGCAUGACUGAUAGUGAAUGAAUAAUGAAAGCAGGGAAACCAUGUGUUUCAUCAUCUGAGAGUCCGUUAUAUUCAUGACUAGUCUGGAUAUUAGAUGGUCUGUAAUAAAAGUCCUUAGUGCUGGAUGAGAAUUAUUACCCAUAUCGUGAAGUGAUUUGAGUGACUGAACUUUACAUUCAUUUUAAUGAAUUAGUAGUUCAUUGGGAUGUUUUCUAAGAUGCACGAUCUCACACUUGUCGUGGUUAGAUGGCAGUUGAGUUUUAUGCCACAGAUGAUAAGGUUCUUAGCGCCACUUUAAGUCUGGGACAAACUUUCACCUAGAGCCACAGGCUUAAACAUGUAUACUGUUUCAGCUCAUUGGCGUAUAAGUAUGGUCUCUCAAAUUUUAUGAUGGAAUCAUUUCUGCAAAGUGAUACAGAGAUAAAUAGGUGUAGCAUAUGAGAAGUGCCUUUACUCGUAGUCCUUGUCUCAUUUGGAUCUUUGGGUGACAGUGAGUCAUGAUCUCAAGACCACGACCAACUGUGGGGAGAUUGCAGCCAAGGGGUUAAGAGCCAUAUAGGCUUUAAUACGGACAUUUACUCACUUAAUUAAUACCGUAUUCACCAUAGCAUACACAACCUUAGUGAAAACUAAGCCAGAAAACUGCGUUCAAUUUGCAAGCCCCUUCUUAAUUGAUAACUCGGAUACCUUGAAAAACGUACAGAAGGCAGCUACCCGUGCAACUUUAGUACUCCAAGGUUUACCAUAAGGGGAAAAGCUAAACCUUUUUACUCUGUCCUACCGCAACUUGAGGUGAUCUGUUUUUGUUGUAUGGAAUAUCAAUAAAUGAUUAUGAAUCCAAUAUAUACUCCCUUUUUAUUCCCCCUAGAUCUGGACAUCUCAGAGGACAUAGCGGGAAAUCAAAAAAUCUAAGAACGGACAAAAAUGCUCGUGGCGUUAAGGUUUUCACACUGAGUCAUCAAUUAUUGGAGUCUGUUACCCGAAGAAGUGAUGUUCGCCUCUUCACUUGACUCAUUAAAGGAAAUAUUAGACACUCUCGGAAGCUCACUACAACAAAGAAUGGCAAAAAACGCAGGCUUUCUGUUCUCAGUACAGAAAUACAAAAGCUCCUUUUAUCUCUUUCAGGACCUUUUUAACCAUUCCAACUUCAAGGUCGUUGCUAGUCUAGCAUUCAACAAUGAUGACCCAGACACCAGUCUUAUUACUUAUUUGCUUCAUAAUAAAUUUUAUUCAGUCAACUGUGAACGAUAGAGCAUGCUUGUGUGAUAUCAGGCCAUUGGUUUGUGACAAGUUCUGUCAAUGUGACGCAGACUGCUUUAGUGAUAAAAAUAACUCGUUUUCCUCCUACAUCUCUUUACAGAGAGAAUCUUAUGGUUCGAAAUGGUGCAUUCCAAAGGCACUUCAUUUUUUAUCAAAUGCAGAAUUUACUAGGAGUCAGGACAGUGAAACAAUUUGUUUUUCCGAUAUAAACUAUUUGAGAGGGAACUACCUGCAGUUAAGUCGCGGUGCUGGUCAGUUUGGGAUGAAUUCUAUUUCAGUGACUACUUUAAAUUCGAUAAACGGUUGUGCAGAAGACGAUUUAUGCUUAAUCUAUAGAAACAAGAUACUUGAACGUUUCACAUUACCGAGUGGUUCGGGAUGUCACGUAGAAUUUUCACCAAAAUUCCUAAACAACAUAACAACCAAGUGCACUCGCACGUUGAGUUUUAACGAUAAUGGUUCAAGUUGCACACAACUGCCAAGUGUCUUAAUGUACACAGAUGGAUUAAAGUUUUUACGACUACCGAUAUCAAAGCUUUUUAAAAACAAGAGCAUUCCUUUGGAAACAGUUAUGGCCAGUAAUAAUACGAUUUCAAUUCGUUCAUCUAUUUGUAAGAACUUAAACAAUGACGUAAUACCCUGUCCAACAUCUCCAUCGUCACUUGAUUCAACCAGCCAAGCGUGUAUGUAUGCAAUCAUGGGAGUGAAGUUUAGUAUUAUUUAUAAUGAAAAUGGUAUAACAGACAUCUCAGUUGAAUUUACCAUUACAAAUGUCACAACUACAAAAUUUAAUCAGUUUCACACAGUACAAUUUAUUGAAGAAAACAGUUUAUCCAAUACAAGUACAUUAAUAGCUACUGACUAUCUAAGCGGAAAUCUAGGUUACCUAAAAAAUUAUCCUAUUCGAGCUGGUUAUAUAGAAAAUAAUAAUAAUACUACUACUCCAUAUAUAGUAAUGAUAUCAUACCCAUUAAAUCCAACAUUAUAUCCAAAUGAAUAUGGUCGAAUUAAUUUUGGCUGGUGGCCUAUACCGAAUAUUGGUGAUUGUACAAAUUUUGCUAGUCAAAGUAAAACAAUAUUAUUUGGACAAAACACUUUUAGUUCCUGUGUGCUAAGACUAAAGCCAUUGCGGGAAAAUAAUUAUACAAAUUGUAAUGAACUGGAACAAGUCAUUAGUAUGUCAUUAAAUUGUAAAAAAUCACCUAUUACUCAUGUCGGUAUUUGGGGCAAUGCAGACAAUAAACAGAUAACAGAUUGGAUUAAAGCGGAUGUAUUCAAUGAAAAAAAUAACAUUGUUUUUUCGAAUGGAACAAAAUCUUGGUAAAUGAAUAAACUUUUAUUUUCUGAAAACUAAGUCACACUUUCUUUUUUCCUUCAUAGAAUUAAUUUAUUUGUCUUAACAACAAUUAC